AUGGCUGUGAUAGGCCCAGACGCCAUCGAAAUCUAUAAUAGUUUCAACUUGAAUGAUGCAGAAAAAAAUAAUCUACAAAUAAUUAAAGAUAGGUUCAAAGAUUACUUUGCUCCAAAAACAAACAUAUCGUUUGAAAGAUACAUAUUUUUCAAGAUAGAACAAAACGAAGACGAGCAAUUCAACGAGUUCCUGACAAGGAUCAAAACACAAGCAAGUAAAUGUGAAUUUGACAAUUUACAGGAUGAAAUGCUAAAAGAUAAAAUUGUAUUCGGAAUCAGAUCUAAUCAAGUUAGAGAGACACUAUUAACAGAAGAUAAAUUAGAUCUGAAUAAAGCAAUAUCGAUCUGUAAAACAAGCGAACAAGCUUCAAAACAACUAGACGAGUUUGAAGGUAAAAGCAAAACAGAUAAAGUACUUGUUGUGAAAAAUUCAAAAGUCAAGAAGGAACAAAACAAAAAAUUUGACUGUACAAGAUGUGGUACGAAUCAUAAACGCAGAGAAUGCCCAGCUUUCAACAAACCAUGCACAAAGUGCAAUAAAAAUGGACAUUUCGCUAAAAUGUGCAGAACGAACAAGAAAAAUGAAGCCAAAGAGAAAGAUAGAGUGAAUAUAUUGGAAGAAAGCUCAAAUUCUGAAGAGGAAGUAUAUUUCUGCAAUAAGUGUUGGAGAAAAAAAGAACUGGACCGAAAAUAUACAAGUGGGUAA